UUGAAGGCUACAAAUCAUAAUAGUGAUUUCUGUGAGCGUUAGAAGUGGAUGACAUUGCUGUUCCUUAUAAUAUCAACUCUUGGAUUUCUCAUACAAGUCUACUGCUGUGUGUACAUUUCUCUGGAUGGUUUAUGAGUUAAUUUCAUGGACUAUAGUUGUAGGAGGUUUUGGGAGAGUUUGGCUACCUCUUCCACGGUCGCCAUUCUGCGUGAGUGACAGAUCCAAUCGAAACCUGCUUUUAGUAGAAGUGGUCUCGGUAUGCCCGAAGGAGUGGACGACUCGCCCGCGAACGCAAGAUUUGCUAGUAUUGCAAAGAAAGUGAAGAUGGGUAAACGCACCGAGAAGGCACUGAAGGAGAAGGCAGCCGCCUCUACAUCUCAGGAAGCCUCUGAGGAUGAUGUCAAUAAAGUACCAGAACCCUACACAUGCACUGGACACUUUGAUCCAGAUUUCACGGAGCUGUGUCGACGAGCGGGCUUGGCACCAAGCGAGAUCCCAAAUGUAGUGAUACGAGCCAAGAGACCCGGUACCCCUCCUCCGCCGGACCCCAAGGCAAAGGACCCCAAUCCCCCUGAAGAGGCCGUCGACGUCGCCGAGGAAGAACCCAAACCAAAGACGUACGUCACUAAGGAGCGCUUUGCGUACUUCAAACCUUGUAUACAGGUUGAGAUGGAGAAUGAAGAUAAACCAGCGACUGUCACAGAGGUUUAUAUUAGAGGAUGGAAAAUAGACGAUAUGAUGGUUGGAAUCUUCAAAACCUGUUUCCCUACGAUAGAAAAGCUCCAUACAAUAAAUUUCUGGAAUACCGGACUUACAGACAAGACCUUAAGAGAUUUAGCUGCAAUUUUUCCUCAGUGUCCAAAUCUAAAAAAUAUUGUGAUAGAAGGUAACCCCAUUCCGGAGGAACCAUGGGCCUGUAUUAUGGGAGAAGACAGUCUAAUUAUAAAUUUGUCACUGCGUCACAAUGACAUAACAGACAGGGGAGCAUCAGGUAUCAGCUCAGCUCUGUCUACCGUAACCACCUGCAAUAAGAAUCUAAUCUCCCUCAACCUCAGCCAUAAUAAGAUCACAGACGUAGGAGCCGAAGCCAUUGCUAAGGGUCUCCGCAUGAACAGAAUUCUCCUGUGUCUUUCUCUAGCGAGCAAUCGGAUAACGGACAAAGGUGCUAUGAAGUUUGGCGAGUUACUGUCGAGGUUUCCUCUAACUCACGAGGAAGUUGUAGAGAGACGUAAACUACUCAGGGAUAAAGGUUCACCAGACCGGGGUAGUGGAAAGUCGCCACCUCCAUCAAGAAGAGCAGAGUCUAAAGACAGGCCCGGUAGCGUACGCAGUGGAAGCCAUCUCGACAAAGGGGAUAAGAAACGAGAUAAAUCGUCCAAGAAAAAGGAUAAUAAGCACGAGAAGAAAAAUGAUAAAGAGGACGACAAGAAAGGCAACAAGACGGUGGCGAUUAUGGACAAUAAAAAAGACAAGGAUGACGGCAAAGGAGGCACUAAGAAGGCCGAUACAUGGAAGAAAGGUGGAAGUCGUUCUUCUGUCACUGUCGCAAUAACUUCCCUUAUAGCUGAAACCGUAACCAAGACAACAAAAGGCAAGAAGACGACAUCAUCAAAGGACAAGAAAGGCGGAGCCAUGCCUGAAUCAGAGUCUCCUGAUAUGGUGGAGGCAAUCAACCCUCUAUUAGAGUCUGUGGAGUCCAUUGAGGGCCAGCUAUGGAUCCCUGGUAAUAGAUCCAUCAUCAGUCUCAACUUGUCCAGAAAUGAGAUCGGAGAAGCAGGGUUGAAGUCUAUCCUCCUAGCUGUACAGUAUCAGAUCACCUUAGCAAACCUUGCUCCAAACCCUGCACUAAAAGGACUGAUGAGGCUCUCUCUUGGUAGGAAUCCAAUCCGUGCCGACAGUGAGGCUUACCAGAAGAUACAAGACUUGAUGUUAACGAGAGAUCCCUUCUAUAAAGCGCAGGCUAAGAGCCCAGAUGGAGAUACACAGUCCUUGGCUGGUUGAAGCAAAAAUUAACAACAAUUUCCCCCUUAUGGUGCUGGCAGGAUAUCAAAAACUCCAUCACACCUGUCUUAAAAAGCAGCACUGAUUUUUCAAAAACCUUCAUCAAUCGGAUAAUAAUAAUACGAGAUAUCAAUAUAGCACUCUUACACAAGGUACCACAGCGCCUUACAAGAAACAAUAUAACCGCAUAAAUAAUGGCACUGAUAAUGGGAAAACAGUUAAAGCAAUCAAUCAUUGAACAGGAAAGUUCAGAGAUGUUUCUUGAAAACUGCAAUUGACUCCGCGGAACGGAUUUGAUGAGGGAGACGGUUCCAAGGGUACGGAGCAUAUGCGUAAAAAGCAUGAUCCCCAGCAGCGGAAUGCACCUUUGGAACUGCCAAGAGUGAAUUGUCUGAACCAGAGCGAAGGCCGGUCUUCCACGUUGGUAAAUCUUGACUGGUGAGAUAUGUUGGAGCGAUAUUGUGAAGACAUUUGUAUACAAUGGUGAGGAUCUUGAAAACAACACGCUGAUGGACUGGGAGCAAACAUAAAUGUCCUCUUCUUGCGCACACAUGCUCAGUAUUGCCAUGUAGGUCUGAGAACGCGCUUUACUGGCAAG